AUGGCUCGUGUCUCUGCGAUAGUUUUGCUCUUUUCAUCGAGUGUGCUGUGUAUCAAUGGAGCAUCGGAGGUCUGCCGCGGGCCCCGCUGCUUCACCGGACAGGACUGGAGCAGACCGUGCGUCGGGGCGCACUGCCCCGUGCGCGCGGACACGUCCGCGCCCCGGCGGCAGUUUCAUCACUCUGCGGCGUCCAGGCAAGGACCGGUCCCGGUCCACCCGGGCUUCCAGCGGGACGGCCACUACAGCCAGCACCAAGCCGGGAGCGCGCCGUUAGCGCCGUACACCAUCCUCCAGCCCCAGCCCGGCGGCUUUACGCACGCGGUGAGCAGCGAUGGCGCCCGGAGGACGAACCCGAGGACCAUCACCGCGGAGGUGUUCCACCCGGGCUGCGCCGGCGGUACCUGUCCCACCACAGUGUCCCAGCGCACCGCGGAGGACGGCGCAGCGCGCGACUGCAAAGGGUUCGGAUGUAAACUGCCGCCUCGGAUGCGCCAGAAACACACGUCUUGCGUGGGAGACGCUUGCGGUGCGCACGCGGGGGACGACGGGAGGUUAGGCUCUUCCCCGGUUCACGUGACGGACAGGGCUGCGCAGUUUCUGGAUGAGCUGCCGGACUUCGGGUCGGAGCGUGGAGCGUUUAUCCAGCUGACAUGCGACAUGAAACCAGGGAACAACGAGGUCCCCUCGGAGGACGCGCUCGUCCUGCAGCUCCAGCUGUCUAAGGGCCAGGAGCGGCUGGUCGAGGCCCUCAGGGGCCAACACAGCGAAGUCAAGGAGCUGCAGAGGCUCCUCAGUGACCAGCAGGGGGCGCUGGUCAGCCAGCAGAGGGAAAUCCUGGAGCAGCAGAGGAGGAUGUUUGAACAGAUGGAGCAAGUCAAAGCCCAGUACAGCAUAUUGAUGGACAGCAUCAAGCAGACGUCGUUCCAGAACCUGCAGGGGGAGCUAGACUCCCACAUGGAGGACCUGGGGGGGCAGGUCAGGGCCCACCAGAGCCAGCAGGCUCUGUCUCUGCACAAGGUGGACAUGGAGGCCAGCGUGAUGGAGGUGGGCCGGUCCCUGAUGGCCUGCGGCGCCUGCGGCGCCGAUCAGUUCUGCGACUUCAGCAGUGGCCAUCCUCGGUGUGAGAAGUGCACCGUCUGCCCCGCCGGCUUCUUCCUGGUGGCUCAGUGCUCUCUCCACGCAGACAGGAUGUGCCAGGACAGAGACGAAUGUCUUGAGAUUGCUGAUUUGUGUGGAGAUGAGCAGAAGUGUCUGAACACUGCAGGUGGAUUUCGGUGCCAGGGCAUGACGGAGCGAGACGCCAAGUCGGGAAUGUGCGGCCACGGCUACUUCUUCAGCUCCGAGGUGGAGGAGUGUCAGGCCUGCACCGAGUGUGACGGAGAACCGGUGUCUUCGCCCUGCAGCUUCAACUCGGACACCGUCUGCGCCGGCCUCAACGCCGACGGCGGUUUCGGCGAGAGCGCCCUCUCUCUGCCCUGGGCCGCCGACGUGAGUCUGCCGGGAGCCAAGGGCCACUUCCUGCCUCACGCCUUCCCCGCCGUCCGGCUCCACGUCCGGGCGAGGGACCACGCCGGCCUGGCGUCCGUGGAGGACGGCCGUCUGGUGCUGCGGCAGCACGGUCUGGUCUGGCUGGACGAGAACCUGUCGGUGAACCACGGCUGCCGCAGCUUCGUUCAGCUGGUUCUCCGGGUCAACGGCACCGACGGGUCGGAGGGCCGCGACAUCAGUGGCGUGCGGGUGGAGCAGCGGGAGCAGCGGUCCCUCCAGAGCGCCAGCGUCAGCGGCGUGGCGGAGGUCGCCCCCGGGCACGUCAUCUCUCUCCUGCUUCGCAGCGCCAACAGCCACUGCAAUCAGAGCGGCGAAGGUCUGAAGCUGUACGACCCGGCGGCGCCGCCGCUCAGCCUCCUCUGGCUCUCCCACGACACCGGGGCCGUCGCCAUGACGGCCCAGGCCAUCGUCUCUGCGCAUUACCACACCAACUACCGGCCCGUCUUCCGCACCACCUCCACCUCCGACCCCUACGUGGUGGGACUGACCCACGACGGCCGAGGGGUUCGCUUCACCGAGAGCGGCACGGUGCGCUUCGUCUUCCAGCAGGCUCUGUACUCCAUGGGCCAGGCGUGCGUGAGCGAGGGCUUCCAGGUUCUGGCGUAUCUCAACCACAACGGGACCAGCAGGGAGUUGUACCGGGCCUUCAAACCGGGCGUCCACUACCGGGACACCUCCUUAUCUCUGUCUGGAGCCACUGGGGUGAGCUCCGGGGACACGCUGGGCUUCGAGAUCCUGUCCCCCGCUCAGUGCACCGUGCGCUUCUUCGGUGACGAGACCGGAAUCAGUAUCCUCAGCCUGGUCUGGGUCCCUGCUGCCAUUUCCUCGUCUUUGUCCGCCUCCGUGGCCCAGGCCGGCCUUCCCUCGGGAGCCGUGCGAAACAAGCCGCUGUUCUUCCACCAGACCAGUGGUCCGGUGCCGCAGAUGGGGCUGCCGGGGAAGGGGUCGGCGGAUCAGAGGCGGGACUUCGUCUUUAAGGAGAGCGGCUCGGCCAGCCUGGCUCUGGACCUCAAACUCAUUCACUCCUGCAACCUGCUCAAAGUGACCCUGUUCCGGCGAGGCGAGUCCGAGGCGUCGGGCUCCCAGCGGCCCGCCCCGCUGGCCCAGCAGGCGGCCGGUCCGAUGGCCGAGGGCAGCCAGUGGGCCAGCGUGAGUCUGCGGGCGUCCUUCAAGGUUCUCAACGGCACGGCGCUCUUCUUCACGCUGGACUGCGUCCGCGGACGGAUCAACCAGAUCAGCCACCAGGGCGGCAGCGGAGUGUCGGUCCUCUGGGUGGCGGCACAGUGAAAGACAGACUGUAUAACGCUAUAAUGUUUCUUCACGUCAUUUCAAGACCAUGUGUUCAAUCAUUUAGAGCAAGGACUUCCUUUUUAGCUUUUUUUAUAAGAAAUAUUUUGUCUGAAGAUUCAUGCCGUUGUAUUUUUCUGUUAGAAGUUGGGAGCUGGCCCAGGUUUUCUGUGGGUGAUGCUCUAAUUAAAGCCCCAUACUGCAUCUCUCGUGCAAACUUACUUACAUGUCGAUAUGAAGAGCCAGUUAGCCGCUCUUCACUGGUGCUCUAAGCUGAACUGUCCACUGACUGCAACUUCAUGUCCGCCAGGCUAAACUUCUCUUUUAGCAGCAGAUUAGCAGCAGUUACCGCAGCUUGCUGAAUUUUCCAAAUAGUAUUUCUAUGAACUCAAACAUGAACCAUCAAGCUAACUUCUAAUAAAAUGUAUUGUUAUACACCAGUCGUAUUUAUAUAAAGCAAAUAGUAGCCUCCCUCAUAGAUUCUACCCAUGGAAACACGUUUUCUGCUUUUAUGCAGCGAAACUUCAGGGUUCUUCUCCGUCUGUUUUUUAUUUAUGUAAUUCCUUCACUUGCUCAGUUGACGUCAAAGGGAUUUUGACCUGCUUCCUGUUGUGUGCCUUCGUUCAGAGGUGUUUUCAGGAGCAUGUGCUUCAUGUUAGUCAACGUUUUCUAAUGUGAAUAUCUACUGCAUGCCUAGUUUAACGACCACGUGGUGCGGAUUAUGUACUUGAAGCGAGUCGCUAUUGAAAUCAAUGUGCUAUUUUAAUUAUUACCACCUGACAGUAUAAAUACAGUUAACACAAGCAAAACUGUAGUAAAGUGUAUAUUUGAUGUC